CCACAGAAUUGAUUACGUUUUAUUUGGAUGUUUCCCAAGAGGCGGAGGUGUUUAUCAGACGCAUUGUGGCUGCUGCAUUUCUCGUCCUUGGAAUUGCUGCGCCGCUGACCCCACUGGUUGCUCAGUGUUUUCGGCGCAUUAUUUUGGGUGCCUUUGAUGUUAGUUCUGUCACAACGACGGAGGCCAUUGCUGCCGUAUUAGAUGAGGAAAUGGUUUUGGCGAUUAUUCGUCACAUGUCGACAAGUUUUAUCAUAUCCGAUACGUUAGCAUUUUUGUUUGAACCGAAUCUUCCAACGACAGAGAUCGUUUUUUUUCAACCACGGCCAUUGAUAUUUACAGAGGCCUGCAUUCGACUCCGUUUUGCAAAACACCUGGCUUCUCAUAUGGCGGCUGCGUUGCGCACUAUAAGUUGCCAGCCUUACUUUAACGUGUGGAAAGAACUGAUCAAUCACGGAUGCAGCCAGGCCGCAGGGCCCAUAGUGGAUGAACUUUUAAAAUAUGACUUGCUAUCUGUGUACUUCAUGGACAUUCUACUGGGCUGUGAAGAGGCCAGAAAAAAUCCGAGUGCCGUCCCACUAGCUGCUCAGGGCGUUGAGUUGUAUCACGACAUCAUAGCUCUUGUGCGGACUUCUUUAAUCCCACCUGACGUAAGGGAAAUGUAUUUUAUGAAUUUAAUGUUGAUCGCACCCAUUAAACUUUUAAAGAUGUAUACUGAAAGGUUUUGUGAUCUUAUUUUUUCUAGUGAGACCGUAAUUACGUCUUGCGUGGAUUCAAUGCGGAUAGAAUUAUGCGCAAUGUUUGUAGAAAUUCUUCGAUUUCAUCUACGCGAUACGGAUUCCAUCAUCGUGGAGUCGUUUUUUUUAGAGAAACUGGUGGCAAUCUGCGCAAAAUACCCAGACUGUCACCGCCUGUGCCUGUUGCUUCAACAGGCAGUUUUAUCGAUUUUUUCAUGUGAAAUAAAAGAGAAAGACAAUGUUGUUUUACAGCAUCUCACAGUAGAGGAUACAUCAGGGAAACCGGGAUUUCUUUUGGAGUGUUUGGGCUUUUGUUUGGAUGAAGGAAUUCGGCAUACCGCCCUGAGUGUAAUUAUGGUGGAAACGUGGCGAACAUUAGCCACAAAAACACCCGUUGUCGAUUUGUGCGGGGCACUGAGACACACUAUGGAGCUAUUUUUAACAAAUCCUAACGUGCAAAGCCGAAUUCAGAACAUGGAGAGACGCAUCACAGGCCAGGGGUUUGUCGAGGUGGGGUCGGGGUGUCAGGAAAAAGUCCAACAUCGCCCCACUAUAAACUACAUCACGCAGCAAAGUUUAGGAAGUGACAACUCUUCAUUUUCAUCUUCUGAACCCACACCCUCCUCCGCCGGUGAGGGGUCGCCAAACAGGGGAGUCAACCAUACGAGUGCGUACAUCAUGGAGCCGUUGUCGGAGCCGGAAGAAAAUCUGGAGGCAAUUUCUCCGGAUGGUGAGACCACCAGAGACGCUCUGUUUACUGCGCCUGAAGCACUUCUUUACGAUGCCGAAGACACCGUGACGAUGGACCUGGAGUGGGCCGAGGAGGCGAUGUUAGCAGAGGCAUCUCCACAGGCGCGGGCAUACCCGAAGUUUGCUGAUGUGCGAAUCUCUUUUGAGGUGCGUGAGGAAUUUCCUUCUGACAAUCCAACCGAGUAUGGCGCCGACUUGUUUUUGCGACGUCGACGUAGCACGGAUGAGCAUGAAGAUGAAGACGCGUGGAUAAACGGACGAAGACCGCGACCACGGCCGUAA